AUGGAGCACUGUCCUUCGACCAAGACCGAAGAGCGGGUCAACGCCGUGAUCCUCUCUGUCGUGCGCAACCGCGAGCUCGACGAUCUCCUCGCGACGAUGGAGUCCUUUGAGCGCACCUUCAACUCCCGUUACCGCUAUCCCUAUGCCAUCUUUAACGAUCAGCCCUUUACCCAGGAGUUUAUCGAUCGCGUCCGCAAUGCAACCCAGGCGACCGUCGAGUUUGCCCUGAUCCCAAAGGAGCACUGGUCGCUGCCGUCCUUCAUCGAUCCAAAGCGUGCCCAUCGCGAGAUGGCGCGCCAGGAGUUUGAGGGCUAUCUCUAUGGUGGCCUCGAGAGCUACCACCACAUGUGCCGAUGGAACUCUGGGUUCUUCUACAAGCACCCACUGAUGGAGAAAUAUGAGUACUACUGGCGGAUCGAGCCAAGCACAGAUUACUACUGUUACAUCGACUUUGAUCCGUUUCUGCUGAUGAAGAAGAACAACAAGGUCUACGGCUUCACCAUCAUCGCCAACGAAUAUCUCCAGACCGUCCGCGGCCUGUGGAAAUCUACGAUGGAUUAUAUCAAGCUCAAGAAAGGCAAGGCUGUGCCGCGACAUCUCAUGGCCUUCCACGACACAAAGAAGAAUGACUACAACGGCAUCCACUUCUGGACCAACUUUGAGAUUGCCGAUCUCAAGUGGUUCCGCAGCAAAGAGUACAACGACUACUUUGACUAUCUCGAUCGAACGGGCGGGUUCUUCUUUGAGCGGUGGGGCGAUGCUCCCGUGCACACCUUGGCGGCCGGCCUGCUGCUCAACGAAAACCAAAUGCACUACUUUUACGACAUUGGAUACCGCCACAGCGACCGUCUGCAUUGCCCUCAAGACAUCCCAUCCAAGGGAUACAUUGUCCAGAACAAGUGCACGUCAUCGCCUGAUCUCGCCGAUCGAAAGGGCCCUUGGCAUACGUAUGGGCUUGUGUGA